AUCGUUUCGAGGUUCUUGCGAUGAGCGUCCCACUGUCAGGUAGGUAUAUAGGCACAGGGAACCACGACGUACGACAGCUAACGCCCUCGGCAACAUGUACGCGCUACUCUUCGUCAGGGCUCUCGCGCUCCUAUGCGCCCCCACGCUCGCCCUCGCGUACACCAACCCCAUCCUCUGGAACGACCUCGCCGACCUCGACGUCUCCCGCGUCAACGACAACUACUACUACUCCGCUUCCACCAUGCACUACUCCCCCGGCGCGCCUAUCCUGCAAUCGCACGACCUCAUCAACUGGGAGUACAUAGGGCACUCCGUACCCAGGUUGGACUGGGGGAGCGAUUAUGAUUUGACGACGGGGCGGGUGUACAGGCAGGGCGUGUGGGCGUCGUGGUUGAGGUAUCGGGCGAGUCAGGAUACGUGGUAUUGGGGCGGGUGUGUGGAUUUUUGGAUUUCGUAUGUUUAUAGUGCGCCGAGUGUGACGGGGGAGUGGACGAGGAGGGCGAGUAUCGAGAAGUGCUACUACGACUCGGGGCUGUUGAUUGACGACGAUGAUAAGAUGUACAUUUCCUACAUCUCAGACGACAACAUUUGGGUGGCGCAGCUAUCGGACGACGGAACAGAGGAGGUGACCUCGCAGCAGGUCUUUGUUCCGCCGGCCGAUAUCGGCUACCUCGAGGGCACACGGCCAUACAAGUACGACGGACGAUACUACAUCCUCGCCACGAAGCCCGGCGCGGGGACGUACAUGCUUCAAGCUGAUAGCAUAUUCGGCAACUACACGAUCAAGACGCUCGUGCUGAACGUGCCGCAGGCGGACAAUAAGGCAGGGUCGGUGCAUCAGGGCAGUCUGGUGGAUACGCCGGAGGGCGAUUGGUACUAUAUGGGGUUCAUCGACGCGUAUCCUGGUGGUCGAAUUCCGGUCAUGGCACCGAUUACUUGGGGUGAAGAUGGAUUUCCUGUUGCGCAGCUCGCUGACGGCGCCUUCGCCACUACAUACGACGACCCGAUCCCGCAGGUCCCCACCCCAUCGCUUACGGGAACGGAAACCUUCGACACCCUCGGGCCGAGAUGGGAGUGGAAUCAUAACCCGGACACAUCUGCUUACUCUGUCGGUGACGGCCUAACGCUGAACUCCGUCACCGUGACCACCGACCUCUACUCUGCGCGCAACACACUCACUACGCGUAUCCUCGGACCCGACUCGACCGCCACGAUCGAGCUCAACUACGAGGACAUGGCCCCGGGCGAUCGCGCGGGUCUCGUCCUCCUGCGGGAUCACUCUGGAUAUGUUGGUGUGCAGAACGACGGCGGCUCGUUCACGGUGGUGAUGGUCACCGACAUCGAUAUGGAUGAGAACUGGGAUACGGCGUCAAAUGGGACGGUCGUUGCGACCGCGGAGAUUAGUGGUGGCACAGUUUGGCUGCGCCUAUACGCAGAUAUCACGCCUCAAGGAGGACAAGCGCCCAACAUCGCGCGCUUCUCGUAUAGCACGGACGGAAGCACGUUUACGAGUAUUGGGGAGGACUUUACGAUGGUGACGGGCUGGGAGUUCUUUAUGGGGUAUCGGUUUGGGAUAUUCAACUACGCGACAAGUGAUCUUGGUGGCUCCGUCCACGUACCGUCUUUCACUCUGGAUGCGGGUUCUGUAUGAAUAUGUAAUGUAUCUGUAUACCCAACUUGUGUACCUGUGUACCUCUGGUAGCGCUAGUAGGACAGGCGCUGGAACAUCCUGUACUUCUUCAGUUCGAAUUUGUGGUUACAAACUCAACCAAGUCACGAGACUCGGAGCCGAACAAGCCACGUGCGCCUGAGCAAUGAUCAGGUCUUGUUCUCAAC